GAUGACAAUGAUAUGGAGCGCCGCAAAGACCUAAAACACGAGAAAUGCCAGUUCGCUCACCGGGGCCGUCCGAUCUCGUGACACGUCAUCAAUCCGUUUAAGAUCUUGAUUCAACGGCUGAGAUCAAGGAAAAUUCUGCAGCAAGAUGAAAAUCGUGGAGGAAGAAAGAGAAUUCGAGGAAAUUGAGGAAGACGAACUGGACUCCGAUGAUGAAGAGAAGAUUGAGGAGGUUGAUGGUGUAGAAGAGGAAGAUGGAGAUGACGACGACGACGACGAUGAAGUCGACGAUGAUGCUGAGGAUGAGGGGGACGGCGAUGUCAGGCAGGUGCUUCCGGCGUCUGGUGGUUCUCCAGUUCAGUCGGUAGAUGACGAUGACGACGACGACGAUGAGGAUGACGAUGGCGACGACGAUGACGGUGAGGGAGAUGGUGACGAUGAUGAUGACAAUGGCGACGAAAACGACGAGGAAGACGAAGAAGAGGAGGAUUUGGGAACAGAAUACCUUGUCCAACCUGUGGGUCGAGCUGAAGAUGAGGAAGAUGCCAGUGAUUUUGAACCAGAAGAAAAUGGCGAGGAAGAAGAAUUUGAAGAGGAUGAUGAAGAGGAUGACAAUGAUGCUGGCGGGAAGGUUGAGUUUUCAGCAAAACGAAAGAGGUCAGAUAAAGAUGACUCUGGGGAUGAUGGUGGUGGUGGUGGUGGUGGAGAGGAUGAUGAGAGACCAUCCAAGAGGUAGGGCUAGGCCCCUUCUUGGGCUGAAGCUAACCCUUGGACAAAUAGGUCAAUUGCUCUCUCUCUAUCUCUCCUCUUUAAUCCAAUCAUCUUACCUCUUUGUUUUGUAGAAAGGACAGGAUGGUGCAUGGAUGGUGUUUUGCGUUUGCUGUAAUAUCAUGUUUGAGUGCUAUUGGGGUAAAGAUGUAGGAAGAAUGGGCAACCAGUCAUUUGGGUUUUGGAAACUUUUUGACACUUUUGGUGAAUUAUGUCUGGUGGUGGUGUAAGGUUGAAGUUAGAUGUUUGUGGCUAGGUUUUAGGGUUCUCUUUGCCUUUAGUUUUAGAUAUUUUAUCCAUCCAUCUAUAUUUUGGGAUAAGAAUUCGUGUUUUCUCUGA